AUGAAACGAUACGGCGUACUGCUUGGCCUGAUCAAGUCGCUCACCUCGUACAUUCAGUCGACGGCCGGCGCUGCCGCCGCUGCAUCUUCUGGCACUGUGGGCGUGACGGGCCCGAACCCGAGGAUUCCGCCGCGUCAGGCGCCGACAGACCCGGAUGCGAAGAAGAGUACGGUCCCGACGCUGUCGCAGUACCUCGUUCACCCCCUUGAACCGAUGACGGACCCGUCACCCCUGGCGCAGGAUGCUUUCUUCCAGGCGAUCAACACGCAGCUCCUGCCGGCUGUCAAGGAGGCGGAUGAGGCGCUGGUGCAGAAGCACCCAGGAGAGGACGAGAGCCGUACCCGGGCGCGCCUGACGGAGCUGCGGGGACAGCUGGAGAAGGACAGUGCCAAGACGACGCACCUCGCCGAGUACAUCGACAAGGUUGCGAGCGGGUUCAACUGGGAGAUGCGGCCCGACAUGGAAGACGAGGAUGAUGAGGACGACGAUCUCUUCGGCGGCGGCAGUGACGAUGACGGUGAUGUUGAUAUGGAGAAGCAGAAGGAGGAGAAGAAGGACGAGGCUCCGCCCGACCCGGCGGCUACGAACCCUCGACACGGGUGGAGCGUCACAGACUAUCUUCGUCUGCUGGACACGGGGAAGCCGCCGAGACGGAGGCCGCACCCGCGCGUGCUGAUGGUCUCACGCACACAUCACCCGCCGUCGUCGCCGGUGCCGUCUCCAUCUCGUAGCCUUCGCCCUUCACUUAGAUCCCAGCCAUGGGGCAACUGUAUGUAA